GGUAAUCAUGAUAAACACCACACCAUAGCUGCCUGUCCUGUCUAUCAUAACACCACCCCUCAGGAGUGUAAGAAACGCCAUGAAGAAUAUCUAAAGGAAAAACGUGAGCAGCAGAAGACUUUGGCCAGUGCUGACAGCAGACAUGGAUUAAGGAGACAGAGCCCAACACCAGAACAAAAAGUUAUCAAGGACAAGGUCAUUCAGGCAAGACAGAAAAAGCCAUCACAGAAUUCCGAGGAGAGUAAAAAGGAGCAAGCCAAGCACUUUCAACAGUUUGAGAAGUCCAGAGAGCCGUUGUUAAAGGGACUCACUUCAAACUUUGACCUCAAAUUGUUUCAACAAGCACAAUCCAAAGCCUGUGAAGAUCUAGAAUAUGAAAUCACUCAGCACUGCAUGUUAACAAGCCAGCAUGAAUACAGAAUCAAGAAAAUCCAGAUGGGGAAGUAUGAGCUGGACACAUGGUAUGCCUCCCCUUACCCAGAGGAGUAUGCCAGACUUCCCAAGAUUUACCUGUGUGAAUUCUGCCUCAAGUUUAUGAAAACUUCCACUAUAUUUAGAAGACAUAUGGCUAAGUGUGUGUGGCGGCACCCUCCUGGUGAUGAGAUCUACAGGAAGGGAAAUACAUCAGUCUUUGAAGUGGAUGGGAAGAAGAAUAAGAGUUACUGCCAGAAUCUGUGUCUGCUUGCCAAGUUGUUCCUGGACCACAAAACCCUGUACUAUGAUGUGGAACCUUUCCUAUUCUAUGUGAUGACAGAAGCUAACCAGUAUGGCUGCCAUAUCGUGGGCUACUUCUCUAAGGAGAAGAAUUCAUUCCUAAACUACAAUGUGUCCUGUAUUCUUACCAUGCCACAGUACAUGAGGCAGGGAUAUGGGAAGAUGCUCAUAGAUUUUAGUUAUCUAUUAAGCAGAGUGGAGGAGAAGAUUGGCUCCCCAGAGAGACCUCUCUCAGACCUGGGUUUAAUCAGCUACAGAAGCUACUGGAAAGAUGUGCUACUAGGCUAUCUGCAUGACUACAUCCAGCCAGAAAUAUCCAUCAAAGAUCUCAGUCAAGAAACUGCCAUCAAUGCCAAUGACAUAGUGAGCACCCUGCAGGCCCUGGGGAUGCUGAAGUACUGGAAAGGAAAACACUUAGUGCUCAAAAAACAGGAUCUGAUUGAAGAGUAUAUUGAGAAGAAAACAAGAAAAACGCAAGAAAAAGACAAUAGAAAAAUUGACAUUUCCUGUUUGAAAUGGACUCCCAUCAAAUACUCAUAGCUUCUUGUAUUGGAAUCAACAAAUUUUAUAAACCUCUGUAUGUAACCACACGGCAGUUAAAUUCUUUAUCUUUUUUAUUAGCAAAAUUAGAAAUAUCAGUUUCAAAAAAGUGCAUUUAUUUUAGGCAUAAUUAACUUUUUGUUAAAAAAGUUACCAUCUCAAUGUGGAGGUGUAAUAUAUGGAUAUGUAAUUUUUUUUAAUUUGUUAAAUAUUUAUAAUUGCUUAGGUAAUCUGAACAUAAAAUAACCUUGUCGAGAUGCAUGCAUGCUUGUGGUUGCAUAGCCAUGUCAAAGACCAGUUCAUUCUGGCAUGGAGAUAGAUACUGAAAAUAAUUUUAAGUGGUAUGUAGUACAUGUACUGUCUAGAACUAAGACAAGCACAUGACAUGGAUACUCCACAAAUGGUUGAGGCAUGUGACGUUACAUACACCUGAUGAGUGUUGUAGCAGAAUUACAGGUAUACUAUGGCAGAUGUUGAGAACUAAAACCCCAACAUAGUGGCUAUCACAGGCAUGCCUGGUCUUCUGUUGGCAACAGUGUUAUCACAUUUUAGUAGGCAGUAUAACUUUGUAUGGUGAACUAUAUAGAAGUCUUGUGUUAAUUGAAAUAACCCAGUUUGUUGCUACUGUGAUUUGAAAUUUAGAUUUUAUGUAUUUUUAAGAUUGUCAAAUAUUUGUAAAUGUUGACUAAUAUAUUGCUUAAAAGAUUAUCAGUCAUUUUUAUUUUACUUUUAUAAAAUUAAAAAUUUUGGUUGAUUUUUUUCUGUAUGCAGUAAUUCAAAGGUAUACUUUGUGCAACCAAACUAGGAUUGUAUAAAAGGUAAAAUGGUUUCAGUUAAUGGGAAAAUGGCAGAAUUCAAAGUUAAAGUAACUAUUACAAGCUGUUCAUACGCCCAGGUUUUCUCCAACCAUCUCCGUGAAAAGUGACAUUACAGGACUUUGCUCUCAAUGUGAACUUCAAUUACUUUUUCUCACUCAAAGGUAACUACCCCAUUCUGACUGAAAUGUAGCAUAAUUCUCUAUGGCAAACUUGGUAUAUCAUGACACACACA